AUGGCUGGUAGGAAGAAACGUCCUGGCCUGAAGGUUGACAUUCCGAAAUCACCAUCUCCUUCGCCCUUGCAAGCUCCGAGACAAUUGGACAAACGUACGACGAUUACGCUCGGCGACAGAACGUUCGACUGCGAUUCAGAUGAUUUGAUUCUCAUGGAAGUUCUUGGACGAGGAGCUUAUGGAGUCGUGGAAAAGAUGAAGCACGUUCUUUCGGGAAACGUGAUGGCAGUGAAGCGGAUCCCUGUUACUGUGAAUGACCGGGAAACAAAAAGACUUCUCAUGGACUUGGAUAUAUCAAUGCGUGCCUCAGAAUGUCCUUAUACAGUACAGUUCUAUGGAGCCUUGUUUCGAGAAGGCGAUGUCUGGAUAUGCAUGGAAGUUAUGGAUACCUCAUUGGAUAAAUUUUAUCAGCGUGUGUACGAGAAGGGUAGCCGGAUACCCGAAGAUAUCCUCGGCAAAAUCGCCCAUGCUGUUGUGUCGGCGCUAGAGUACCUCCACACAGUGUUGAAGGUGAUCCAUCGUGAUGUGAAGCCGUCGAAUAUUUUGAUCAACAGAAAAGGACAGGUUAAAAUUUGUGACUUCGGCAUUUCUGGUUACCUUGUGGAUUCAGUUGCGAAAACAAUAGAUGCUGGAUGCAAACCUUAUAUGGCGCCAGAAAGAAUCGAUCCGACUGGAGACCCAUCGUGUUACAAUAUACGUUCCGAUGUGUGGAGCUUGGGCAUUUCAAUGAUUGAACUGGCGACCGGGAAGUUCCCGUAUAAAACAUGGGGAACUCCGUUUGACCAAUUGAAACAAGUAGUUCAAGAUGAUCCUCCGCGUCUCCCAGACGAUGGCAGCUUUUCUCCGGAUUUUUGUGACUUCGUUGCGAGAUGUUUGCAAAAGAAGACUUCGGAUCGGCCAAAUUACCAGCAAUUGCUGAGUCACCCGUUCGUCGUCACCCAUCGGGAAAGGGUGACGGACGUGGCGUCGUUCGUGAACGAGAUCCUGGGUCCCGUCGCCGAGGAGGCUCCAUCUUCAUCAAAUUCAACCGCCACAACUACCCCUAGUCCUACGGGAAAUGUUUCGAAAUAA